AUGUACGACGUUGACGAGCCUAUCGAAAAGCGAUUUGAGGAUUUAUGUCAAAUUCUAUGCAUAGAAGGUGCCAUCCGUGAAGAGGCGUGGGACAAAUACAAAGAGGUCUGGACAAACUAUUCCAUUGAGGGUGACCAACUUCAAUGGCUGGUUUGCUCGCUCUACGAGUGCUGCCGUCGGCCCACUACAGAUAGCGCCUCCGGUCAGGUGGUGCUGGAGAGUGCCUACGUCUCCCUCACUCGUCUUCUUGCCACGGCGAAGAUGAGUCUGGUACAAUUUUUCCACCGCAUUCGCAAAUGGUCUGACAUGACCGAGAUGUCUGAUGAUAUGCAUGAUCGCAUUGAACGCCUAGAGCGUCAAUUCGCCGUCUCCUCCGUGGCUUUUCGCUACUUUUCUCGUGCAUUUUCUUUGUACUUUUGCGCCUUGGAUGGCAGCAAUCUUGAUGGAGACGAGAACGCCGAUGCUGAUGUUGAUCCUUCUAGUGUGACUCCUGUGGACAUCUUUCGCUUCAUCUGGCUCCUCUUCGUUAAGACACGGGCCAACUUUCCAGCAGUAGCAGAUGAUCUAGUGAACUCCUUUUACAUCCUCGCCUGCUGUCUGGAUUGGAUGCUCGGUGUACUGCUGGUAGGAGGUGGAAGACGUCUCUUAAAUUGCAACUACCGUUGUAGCAGUGGAAGGACGGGAGGUCCUCUUACUGCUGCUGCUCCAGUGGCAACAGACGCAAUUGCUAUGCCCUGCAUGUUGCGUUACAUUUGUGAGGACAAUGGGAUAAACUUUGUGGAAUGCAAGGCGAUUAAGGAGCACUUCUUUCGGCCUUACGUCUCGAGACUCAUCGAAAAAGAUAUGUCAAAACUUCAUUCUCCGGGGCCAGCAGACCUAUUGCGUCCAGAGAACUUUGCGAACGCCAUGCAGCGUCUCAAUGACCACUAUGAGGAGUACAUCCUCGGCACCGGUGAUUUUGAUGAACGCAUCUUCCUUAGUCCCAAUGCUGCUGAAGAAAUCGGCUCUGCUCGGCCCAGUGCCUCGGGCAAUGCCAAAUGCACGACUCGAGAACCCAAAGAAGCAUCAGGAAAUGAAGGUCUUGGCAAUGGCCUCUACAUGGGCUCCACGCGUCCCGACAGCGCUCUUUACGGUCCCGUGAUGGGCAGUCUGAGCGGUUUCGUGGGCUUAAACAGCCCGGAGACACGCAGUGAAAACCUUCAUCACAUUCAAGCUCUCCUCUCCGGUCGUAGUCGGAAUCCCAGCGAGACUCUCGCCGAGUUCAUCCGCUCCACCGUCACUAACGAGACGCCACUGACCAACAUCCGCACACGUCUUCAGAGUCUCUCUCACGACUUCACCGCUGCCUACGUCGCUAGCGGAAAUUCGGCCACCACCGAUGCGGCCGGACAUCGUUGUCACUUGGCUGAACAACUCUACUACUACGGUUUGGAGUCAAUUCUUGCUGACGAGAAGUCUCGACGCGGUGGAGGAGGAAUUGUUCGCUCCGAGGAGUUCCAUCGCGCUCUCUACGCCUGCUGUCUGGAAGUUGUUCUUGUGAAUUGUGAGGAGGAUGGGGGGCGGCGGUUCCCCUGGAUCCUGGAAGCUCUCACCUUUGAUGCCAUCUCCUUUUACAAGGUGGUGGAAGUGUUUGUAAAGAAUGUGGAAUUGCCGAGAGAGUUGGUGAAGUACUUAAACUGCGUGGUGGAGGGGAUUUUGGGUGAGUAUGCAUGGCGGAGCUCUUCCUCGAUUUGGGCUACCAUUCAGUGUGGUUCUGCGACGGGUUCUCGUACAUCUACUGUACCUUCGGUGGAGGAGAUAUUUCCUCCGGAAAAGUUGGAUGAGAGCAUCGUGGGUCGUUUCUCCCGGCGGGAGCUACUAGUUACCACACCGGCGCCUAACCAAUCCGGUGGAAUCACUUCCAUCACUCCAGCCAAGAAAAUUCGUUUGGCUGCUUCUGCUGUCACCCCCACCGUCUCCACAACACUCCAGCAACAGCACCAGGAUGAGUCAGCCCGUGCAGCUGCCAGCCUUCUCGCUGCCUCAGAAGCAGAAGUGGCGGCAUCUGGGGCAGAGGAGGGGAUGGAUGCCUCAACUGAAGCUGAAGUGGAUCCCCGAGGUACAUCACUCUGGUCGGCGACAACGACGGCGACGGCGCCACCACCACCCUUACGACAUGACUCUGUCGCCAUCUUCUUCCGUCAUGUCUACCAUCUGGCAGCAUCGAGGUUACGAGCUAUUUGUGAGAGAAUUCAGUCGUCGUCAGGUGCAGCGGCACCAGCUGCGGGAGCAGUAGCCGCAACAGGGGGGACAGCGACGGCUCCUCUGCUAGCCCGAGCAUGGACGACAUUUGAGCACGUGCUAGUGAACGAGACGGAGUUGUUGAGGGACCGGCUGUUGGAUCAGAUCAUUCUGUGUUGUCUCUAUGGGGUCGCCAAGGCAACCGCCAGUGGUGGUGGGGUGCCAGGUAAUGCAAGACCUCUGAGUCUGGUGGAGAUCAUAAAAGCCUACCGCAUGCAACCACAGGCCAGCCGAGACACCUAUCGACGUGUAUUGAUUAGUCGCUCCGCGGCCACCGACACCGAGGCAAUUGAAGAACGUGGCGACCUGACUCGCUUCUACAACCUCAUCUUCCUCGCUCGCGUGGAGGCCUUUUUACAACGUUUCGUAUUGCCCUCUGCAACCUCUGGCGCCGCUGGCACCACCGGUGCGGGCUCUGAUCCAGCGUCGAAAACGCAGCCUCCGCUCACCCCACUACCGGCACCGCAUUCAACUUCGACCACUACUACUGCCACGACUACCUCUGCAGCUGCUACUGUGCAUUCGCACUCGGCUCUGCAGACACUGCAUGGAGGUUAUUCUGCACUCCCCAACGAUGGCUUUCUACCGGCUAGACGUCUGGCAUCCACUCGCAACGUCUUCAUAGGUUCAGCCCAGCAGCUUCCACAACAAGCACACCACUUCCACGCCCCAGGACAGGUCGGUCUCACUCACCACUCACCAGCUGCUGCUGCGGUUUCCUCUCAAACUGGCAUUGGUGUUGGGGGCCAGACCCUCUCACCUAAACGUAUCUCCAUCAUCGUAGGUAAGGGGAGCAGCAAAGACCUUAUCGAACUCAACACCAUGAUUGGGGCGGCGGAAAGACGUGCCUCUGUGGCUAGUGGUCUUAAACGCGCCUCUGGAGUCACCAUAGCGACGGCAGGCGGCACCACCUUCACAACCGUGGUGAAUGCUGCGGCGCCGGGUGGAGCGGGCGUGGGAGCUGGUAGUGGUGGUGCAGAGGGUGGCAAAACGGUAACACUAGUGGGGAACGCGGGAUAUGAGGCAAAGCGGAUCGAUUUCAAUGUUUGA